AGUACGGAAGCCCAGAGAAACCAAACUAGCGUCACUCCGCUGUUGUUAAUGCGCGGUUUUUAGCGACCUUUACACCGGAAACAUUACGUUAUCACGUUAUUGUAAACGCAGUGUACUUUUGGAGGUGAGAGUGGUGCAUCCGAUGCAACAUUAAAAUGUCAAAAAACAGUAAAAUAGUGUUGGUUUUCGGGGGUUUCGUAACGGCUGUCGCAGCUGCGUUUUACCCCAUAUUUUUCUACCCGCUCACCCAUAAAGAUGAGUACAGAGAAGUCCAAAAGGUGAACCGGGCAGGAGUCAACCAGGCAGACGUUCAACCUGUGGGUGUGAAGAUAUGGUCUGAUCCAUUCAAGCCUGCAGGAAAAUGAUGUCCAGUGGCGCUUUACUUAAUCCACACUCUGCUGCUGCUUAAGACUUUGAACAGAGAACACCUUUUUGAUGAGUGCUUGGUGUGCAUGUGAGUGAAUGAAUGCUGUCCAAAAUGCGUGUUUUGGUUAUGAUGUGAUGAAUUAAACCAUAUUAAUAAAGUUUAAAGCUCUUAUUCCUAAAA